GCAGAAGAAGAAGAGGAAGAGGAGGAAGAAGUCUUGUGUCUUUUUGCAGAAACCUUAACUGUUUCUGAUCUCGGUAAAUCUUCGGAUGAAUGAAUUAAAGCUGUGCGCGCUCCCGUCAGGACCACGUAGCGCUUUACACGUCAGACGCAUGGGACGUCACAUCCCCGCCCCUCCGCGUGCUGUCAUGUGUGAGUGCAAACGGGCUGCUGUUGAACCGAGUUCUCGGGUUAAUGUUUGACUCCUGCAGGGCCACAUGAAGUAUAGACUGGACGGGGUGUUGAACCCAGUCCGAGCAGGCCCCGUAGACCAGUUUGACCAGCACUAGAGAGAGUAAACCAGUAAGAUGUCAGCAGCAGCGGUGAGAGCAGCUAAACAGGCUCUGAGGAGAGAGAUCCGACGGAGAGUGUCAGCUCUGAGUGAGGAGGAGAAGAGGAGACAGUCAGCAGUCCUCUCUCUGAAGCUGUUCAAACACCCUAAGUAUGUGUCCAGUCAGAGGAUCGCCGUGUUUCUCAGCAUGCACGAUGAAGUACACACUGAGGAAAUCAUCAGAGCCGUGUUCAAAGAGGGGAAGAGCUGCUUCAUCCCCCGAUAUGAGAGCAGCUCCAGUCACAUGGACAUGCUGCAGCUGAGGAGUCUGGAGGACAUGAGGGCGCUGCCGCUGACGUCCUGGAACAUCAGACAGCCUGCAGAUGACGACCACAGCAGAGAGGAGGCGCUGUCUGCAGGGGGGCUGGACCUGAUCCUGAUGCCUGGGCUGGGCUUCGACCGCUCAGGGAACCGUCUGGGGCGAGGGAAAGGUUUCUACGACACGUACCUGGAGCGCUGCAUCAGACACCCCAGAGGGAAACCCUACACCAUCGCCCUGGCCUUCAAGGAGCAGCUGUGUGAGGAGAUCCCCGUGGACGCCAACGACGUCCUCAUCGACGAAGUCCUGUACGAGGAAGACCAUUGACUCUUCAUCAGCGUGGCCGGUCCAGGGUCCCAGUUUAACUGAAGCUAGACCUCGGUCUAAGUCUGAGUGCAAACGGUUCAGGUCCUUCAGCAGAACACGGCCCUAUGUGAGGUAAACCCACGCUCACCUGGCUAAAGGUGAGACAUCAGGUCUGUCCCAGACCACAUUUAGACCAGAUCAGGGACUGGGCCGGAUUAUUUCACAUUCUGCUGUCAGUAGAGAAUCAUAAAUGUGAGAGAAGACAGAAAAGGUCUGAUGUCUGUAAAUGUCUGCGGUCAAUAAACCUGAAGAGAGGAG